AUGGUGCACUCGCGCCGCGUGCGUCCGCAGCCGCCCGAGGACGCCGCGAGGCCGGCGCUGGCGGGGGCGCUGGCGGGGGCGCUGGCGCUGGCGGCGGGCCCGGGCCGGCUGACGUCCGGCGGCGGCCUGCGCGAGGCGCGCGGCCUGGACAUGGAGAUGGAGCGGCUGCGGCAGGCGGCGGCGCGGGACCCCCCGGCCGGAGCUUCGGCCUCUCCGUCGCCGCCGCCGGCGUCGUGCUCGCGGCAGGCGUGGAGCCGCGACAACCCGGGCUUCGAGGCGGAGGAGGACGAGGACGAGGAGGUGGAGGGCGAGGACGGCGGCACGGUGGUGGAGAUGGACGUGGAGUGGCGGCCGGGCAGCCGCCGCGCGGCCUCGGCCUCGGGCUCCGGCUCCGGCUCCGGAUCGGGCUCCGGCUCGGGCUCGGCGGGCGCGCGGGGCCGCGGGCUGGGCCCGGGCUACCCCGGCGCGGGCCCCGCGGGCGGGCGGCGGCGGCGGCGCGAGGAGCCGGGCCCGGCGGGCGGCGGCGGCAGCCCCGGGGGCCCCGGGGACCUGCGGCCGCGCCCCCGCGCCCGGGACGCCCCGGCCUGGCGCGAGACGCUGCUCCGGGCGCUGCGAGGUCUGUGGGGAACCAGCCUCAUGCAGGAAAACAGCACUAAUCGAGAGAAGUACCUUCGGAGUGUUCUGCGGGAACUCAUCACAUUCCUCCUGUUUCUCAUAGUCCUGUGCAUCUUGACCUAUGGAAUGAUGAGCUCCAGCAUCUAUUACUACACUCGCCUAAUGUCGCAGCUCUUCCUCGACACGCCGGUGUCCAAGACAGAGAAGUCCACCUUUAAAACUCUCUCUUCCAUGGAGGACUUCUGGAAGUUCACAGAGGGCGCCUUGCUGGAUGGUCUAUACUGGAAGACACAGGCCAGCAAUGGAUCCGAUGCAGACAACCGUACGUUCAUCUACUCCGAGAAUCUGCUGCUUGGGCUGCCACGCCUCCGGCAGCUCAGGGUCAGAAACGGCUCCUGCUCCAUCCCCCAGGACCUGAGGGACGAGAUCACCGAAUGCUACGACAUCUACUCUCCUGCCAGCGAGGACAGGGCACCCUUCGGGCCUCGGAAUGGGACUGCAUGGACCUAUACAAGUGAGAAGGACUUGAAUGGGAGUAGCCACUGGGGCCUGAUGGCCACCUACAGUGGUGCCGGCUACUACCUGGACUUGUCAAAAACCAGGGCAGAGGCGGCUGCUCAGAUCUCGACACUCAGGAAGCACAGGUGGCUGGACCAAGGAACCAGGGCAGUCUUUGUGGACUUCUCCAUGUACAACGCCAACAUCAACUUGUUCUGCGUGAUCAGGUUAUUGGUUGAAUUCCCAGCAACAGGAGGUGUGAUUCCAUCUUGGCAGUUUCAGCCUAUAAAACUGAUGCGCUAUGUCACGACGUUUGAUUUCUUCCUGGCAGCCUGUGAGAUUAUCUUUUGUGUCUUUAUCCUUUACUAUGUGGUGGAAGAGAUACUGGAAAUUCGCAUUCACAAGCUACAGUAUUUCAGAAGUUUCUGGAAUUGCCUGGAUGUCGUGAUCAUUGUGCUAUCAGUGAUAGCUAUAGGAAUUGAUAUCUAUAGGACAUCGAACGUAGAGGUGCUGCUGCAAUUUCUGGAAGAUCAAAAUACAUUCCCCAACUUUGAGCAUCUGGCCUACUGGCAAAUCCAGUUCAACGGUGUAACAGCUGUCAUCGUGUUUUUUGUCUGGAUCAAGCUCUUCAAAUUCAUCAAUUUCAACAGGACCAUGAGCCAGCUGUCCACUACCAUGUCUCGAUGCGCCAAGGACCUCUUUGGCUUUGCUAUUAUGUUUUUCAUCAUCUUCUUAGCAUAUGCUCAGUUGGCAUACCUUGUCUUUGGCACACAAGUUGAUGACUUCAGCACUUUCCAAGAGUGUAUUUUCACUCAGUUCCGUAUCAUUUUGGGUGAUAUCAACUUCGCAGAAAUUGAGGAAGCUAAUCGAGUUUUGGGACCAAUUUAUUUCACUACCUUUGUGUUCUUUAUGUUCUUCAUUCUUUUGAAUAUGUUUUUGGCCAUCAUCAAUGAUACUUACUCUGAAGUUAAAUCUGAUUUAGCCCAACAGAAAGCUGAAAUGGAACUCUCAGAUCUGAUUAGAAAGGGUUACCAUAAAGCCUUGGUUAAACUAAAGCUGAAAAAAAACACUGUGGACGAUAUCUCAGAGAGUCUGCGGCAAGGAGGUGGCAAGUUAAACUUCGAUGAACUGCGACAAGAUCUCAAAGGGAAGGGCCAUACUGAUGCAGAGAUUGAGGCGAUUUUCACCAAGUAUGACCAAGAUGGAGACCCAGAACUGACAGAACAUGACCAUCAACAAAUGAGAGACGACUUGGAGAAAGAGAGGGAGGACCUAGACUUGGACCACGGCUCUUUGCCACGUCCCCUGAGCAGCCGCAGCUUUCCCCGAAGCCUGGAUGACUCAGAGGAGGAGGAGGACGAGGACAGUGGGCACAGCUCCCGGAGGAGGGGCAGCAUCUGCAGCAGCGUCUCCUACGAGGAGUUUCAGGUGCUCGUGAGGCGCGUGGACCGGGUGGAACACUCCAUUGGCAGCAUCGUGUCCAAGAUUGACGCCGUGAUCGUGAAGCUGGAGAUCAUGGAAAGAACCAGGCUCAAGAGGAGAGAGGUGCUGGGAAGGCUGUUGGACGGAGUGGCAGAGGAUGAACGGCUGGGUCGGGACAGCGAGGUUCACAGAGAGCAGAUGGAGCGGCUUGUGCGAGAAGAGUUGGAACGCUGGGACUGUGAUGAUGCAGCUCCUCAGAUAAGUCACGGCCUGGGUAGCCCAGGGGCCCCCGCUGGCCAGCCUCAGCCCAGGGGCUCCUGCCCCUCCUCCUCACAGCCUGCAGAAGGAGUGGAAGGUGGCGGAGCGGCUGUUGGGAGCUCCGACACCCACAUUUAGGCAGAUUCCGUGUGUGUUCCUCAUGGAGCGGUUGGACAUCCCAUCUUUCACAAGGGUGAGGUCUGUCUUCAUUGUCGUCAGCCCUGCACUUUAAUUUAUUUUAGAUAGAAACUUCCCAUGGAGCAAAGAUGUUUUCCUUCUCAGAAAUCAAGGUGUAAAUAUUGAGGAAACAAAAUUUGUGCCAAGUGCAUCAAGUGGGAUGCCCACCUCCGAUGAUGAGGCUCUCACUUAACAGUGAAGGAGCUUUGGAUUAGUGGGAGAGAACUGUCAAAAGGCUUUUGAAUUUUCUUUUCCCUUUUUUGCUUUUGGGGUCACAGCCAGUAGUGCUCCAGGGUUAAGCCUCUGUGCGUGGGCGUCACCUCCAGCAUUGCUGAGGAAAUGGGGCAAUGCUGGGGAUGGAACCUUGGCCUCCUGCAUGCCAGGACUGCACUCAACCCGUUGAAUUUUUUUCUCGGCCCUGAGAUUUAUUUUCAGCCACAGAGAUCACUGUUUAUUGUCGCCCUGUGUGCAUGUAAAGUUGUGUUUCUAUGCAAGCUUCUGUCCUGGGCAUCAGGCAUCAGGAAGGCUUUUGUUCCUAAAGGAGCCUUAUAUUUCAACUAUCUUCUGGGGGUAAACUUUACUGAAAGACGACAUGAAAGAGAACUCCAGAGUAGCUAAUAGGCAUG